UGCACUUGCGCACGCACGCUGGACAGCCCGCUCCUCCUCGCGCUGGUGGCAGACCUACACAGUGUCGUGGCGUUUAGGGUGCUUGAGUGUCCGCACCAACUCUGUCACAGCGAGAGCCGCGGCUUCAGCCCCAGCUGUCCACAAACCGAGAGCAGGUUGUAGUACGCGAACAGCGAAGCGAAGGAAAAGAAAAGUAGUUGUUGAGGAAGGGAAACAGGUCGGAGGGAUAUUUCAGGUGCACUUUAUUAGCAGACUUUGAUAGGUCGUUUGCUCCGCGUAUUACCGGACGGGAGAUACCAGAAGUAGAAAGGAAAACGAGUUGGACGUUUCCUUUCUUCCGCAAAAAAAGAGAUGGCAUCAACUGAGUCGCGGCUCCAGCAGCAGCCCUCGCAGAAGGAUGCAGCCGACCAGAACUUUGACUACAUGUUCAAGCUGCUGAUCAUUGGCAACAGCAGCGUGGGGAAAACUUCCUUCUUGUUCCGCUAUGCCGACGACUCCUUCACCUCCGCUUUCGUCAGCACCGUGGGCAUUGACUUCAAGGUCAAGACUGUCUUCCGCAAUGACAAGAGGAUCAAGUUGCAGAUCUGGGACACGGCAGGGCAAGAACGCUAUCGCACCAUCACCACAGCCUACUACAGAGGAGCCAUGGGCUUCCUGCUCAUGUAUGAUAUCACUAACCAGGACUCCUUCAACGCAGUUCAGGACUGGGCAACACAAAUCAAGACAUACUCGUGGGACAAUGCUCAGGUGAUCCUGGUUGGUAACAAGUGUGACCUGGAGGAUGACAGGCUUAUACCCACAGAGGAUGGCCAGCGACUGGCUGAGGAGCUAGGUUUUCAGUUCUUUGAGGCCAGUGCCAAGGACAACAUCAACGUCAAGCAGGUGUUUGAACAUCUAGUGGAUGUUAUCUGUGAGAAGAUGAACGAGAGCAUGGAAGGAGACGCCAACCUCAUAGCCAACCACAGCAACCAGGGCCUUAAAGACUCACCUUCAGAGAGCCACGGGGGCUGUGCUUGCUAAACCAUCUGCCUUCUUAGUCUCCCAACACACACACACACACACACACUGAAGAAUAACUUGUCUGUGCCUCAACCAUGAAAAGUGCCGCACCUCCCCUUUCACUUGAGCCAUACCGAGCUCUGCCCCAUCCACACAGCACAAAUAAUCUUCAGCACAUCCUCCUCCUCCUCAGACCUGUCUUUCCUUCGAAGAGACCCACUCUGUCACUUUCUUUCUCUUAAGGGAGACUUUAAGCCUGCAGACUUUAAGCCGCCACAUACACCUCUUUGACUGCUGUAGCCCCAUUAACUACCACGUGAAAUCUAGUGAAACAUUUAUUCAGUGCAUUCAGUUUUCUUAGACAAAUAUUUUUAUAGACAGCAACAAGCUAGCUAUCAGUUUAUCUUGAAAUUUUUGAUUUGAUCGAUGAACUGUUUAAAUGUGUUAUACUGUAGAAACCAGUAAUGUCAAGUUCCAAUAGGACUUGUCUUCGGUCUAAUAUUUAUUAAGGUAUUGAUUUCUGAUGGAUUUUAGCAGCUCCGAGACGUUUUGUGCUUAAUGAGUCUUGUCCAGGAUGCUCCCCUCUAGGGACUGAUUAAAGGAAGGAAACAUGAAGGAGUCUUGCACAGCGUGCUGAAAGUUUUCAGCAUUGCCAACCCUCAAGGGCAAGUUUGACAAGAACUUUGCUUUCUUGUCAGGAGUAAAAAAAAAAAAAAAGUACCACUGCUGCAUAUGGUAAGUAAAACUACUGCCUAGAGCUGGUUAACUUAGCCAAGCAUAAAGACAUCGAUAUACUAAACUUCAUAUUCAAAACAUACUUAGACUCACUUAGAAUAUAGUAAGUCAGUAGAAGCGUAAUAACUACUGUACAAACACGUGUGACCAGUCUACUCCAGUCUAGAGCUUCCCUUCACCUCUUCUUCUUGCUGUUUACUAAAUGUCAGGUCUGCCACACAGUGUGAUGUACUAGUGUCAGCAAGCCCCUCAUGUGACAUGUCCUCUGUCCGCCUUCUGUCUCACACACACAAACACACACAUACUGCUCCCUUAACUGUAGCAUGGUACUGUGUUUAGUAGGUGAGCAGUUACAAUGUGGUGAAUUAUCUUUUUUUCCCUUUGUUUGUUACUGACACGACUGUUUUCAAGAAGUGCAGCACAUUAUGUGUGUUUGUGCCCAGAAAGGGGGACAACCACUGAUCUGUGAGGACGAUAAGUCCGGACACCAACCGUGCUGUUGCAACUAUCAGGAGGAACAGUGAGCCGGUGCAGAGCAUCACUUUAUUCCCCAUUACUGUUAUAAAUCAAUGUGAAUAAAAUGCAGUUUUAGAAUGACUCCACAUAAUUGUAUUUUAUACAUCUUGUUUUGUUCCUGCUGUUUGGACAAGAUUUCAGUGUUGAAAGGUCAGUUUGACCCUCCUGAAAACGUCAUCCUGAUGGGAAAGAUUGAAAUUUGGAGCGUCUUUUGGAUUUCACCACAAAUCAGGGAUGGGAAUACAAGAAUUGUGUGUUGUUGUUUUGCAGACUGUUGACUGUCAGUUAGUAUUAACCAUAGCCUCUGUACAGCGAUAGCAGCCUCACACUGCUAACUGCUGGUCAGCCCACUCCCUGCUACUGUACGAGUCUGCGGCCACUUAUCGCUCGUGUCAGCAUGUGCUGCUGAAUAGUGAUAUAGUUUGACAGGUAUUAGAUGUUAUCAUAUCACGUGUCUGUGGCAUGCUGCGCUUUGAUGCAGGGGUCUAAAAUAGGGAAGUUGUGUGCAAGAUCAGUAAUUCAUAACACUAUUUGUAUUAUAUCAUGCAGUUUUGCAGUGUAUUAAAAUGGCAUGCAAAAACCAUGUUUCUCUUACUGAGCUUCUGAUGGGGACUGCUGCUUGAAACAUGCUGUUCUGCUCUGUCCACUGAUAUCACAUUUUAGUUCAGCAGGUAUCUGCCAUUGUGCUCAGACGCUCUUGUGCAAACAGGUUUGAACCUCAGCUUUUAGUCCUAGAGAUGUUCUUUCUUUCUUAUGCUUAUGGCAUAUAUAUUUUAAUGUCUUACAUUCCUGAUUGAUAGCUUUCUAAAAGAUGGGAGAUUAGACCCUUUGUGCUGUUUACUAUAUAUUCUGAAUGUGCAGGGUGAACCCAUUGUUUGGAAAGAAAAAAGUGCAUCUUGUAAACAAGGACAAAUGUAGAAAUCUGUUUAUGAAAAUAAAGAAUAUAUUCACUACAAAAAAGA